UGCUGUGUCUUUGCUUCUUGCACGCCUCAUCUCAUUAAUUCGCGCUCUGCACAAAACACCGUGACAACAGAGCAAGAUGCCCUUCCCAGUAACCACACAGAGCAAAAACACCAACAAAGACGUCCGCGUCAAGCGAAGCGAUAGAAUCCUCCGCAAAAGUAAGUCUAAUGUUGAUGUUGCAUCCGCUCCACUGUGGAGUUCCAAUGGGGCAGCAUGCCAAACGAUGGAUGAUGCAGGCAUUGCCGGCGUCAACUCGUCGUGGCAGAACCGAAAGGACACCAUGCUGAAGAGAUGCAAGACCUACCCCGUGCCGAAAACUUGCGACGAGGUUGGGGCUGCAUACCACAUGCCCUGUGGCAACCACUGGGAUCAGCGAAAGUCAGCUCUCAUAAGGUCGAAAAGUUUGAACUCUGGGGAAAGCAAGAAGGCCAAGAGGCGGGUUAGAAGGAUUCCGAGGGCCAGGAGACAGAAAGAGUCCCCACCGGUGCCGAAGGCAACCCCAGACCCAGAGCAGACGCCUGCCCCAAGACCUUCGUUUUGUCGGUGGCAGAGUGAGCCUCAGCUGCUUGUGGAGCUAGAGGAGGAAAUUCAAGUGCAACAAGGCAGCGAUCAGAAGAUGACCCGAUGGGAUACCGGUACUGGUAGUAAUGGUAGUCCAAGGCGGUGCACGAGUUGCCCCCCUGUACCUCGGCGCCCCUCAAGCCCCAGCAAGGAGGACGCUGACUCCGCUACAAAAACUUAUUCUCCCAGAAAGCCGCAACGGCGUGCCUCUGUUACCAAGGAGGACGAUCUUUUCCCUAUUGGAAAGCCAACGAUGGCAUUCGUGGGGGAAAUGACUGACUACGAAAAGGAUCUAAUAGUAGAGGAUCAGAAAGUCAAUGUGAUCAGCUUUGCGGCAUAAUCUUUUAUUUAAAAAGCAUGCAGCAACUGGCAAGAAGCCAGAUUUUUUAUGUGCAUGCUUGGAACAUUGCUACCGCGACACAUUCCAAGCAGCAUCAGCAACCAGACCAUUUGGUUUUUCGUUUACUAUGAACACUGCUUAAUAAUAAUAAGUGCUUUACAAAACAUGCGAGUUCAAGCUCGAUAACUCUCUUUUUGCGAGCUCCCCGCUCGACUUUAUACUUCGACUUCCUC